GAGAAGCCUAGCGAACCCCCCGGCGGCAACCGUCCCCUCCUCGCGUCCGUGUGCUUUCAGUUCCCACUCCCUUCCCUCUCCUCGCCCCCGCUCUCCUCUCUCUCCGCCGCGGGCGGGCGCGGGCGCAGGGCAGGCACCGACGGCGCCGUCGCGCAUGCAGGAUUCGGCGGCGGCGGCCGAGCCGGGCCGCCGGCCGGCGCAGCAGCAGUUCGCGGGCGUCGACCUCCGCCGGCCCAAGGGCUACGCCGCGCCGGCGGCGGCGGCGGAUGCGGCGGCGCAGGUGGCGGCGGAGGGGGAUCCCUGCCCGCGGUGCGAGUCGCGGGACACCAAGUUCUGCUACUACAACAACUACAACACGUCGCAGCCGCGCCACUUCUGCAAGGGCUGCCGGCGCUACUGGACCAAGGGCGGCACGCUGCGCAACGUCCCCGUCGGCGGCGGCACCCGCAAGAAGCCCUCGUCCUCGCCGCCCUCGUCCUACGCGGCCGCCACCAGCUCCGACAAGCCCAGGAAGCCGUCCAAGAAGAAGCGCCGCGUCGUCGCCCCGCCCCCGGAGCCCGCUCCAGCCGCCGCCGCAGCAGCUGCAGCCACCGACGCCGCCCCGGCCGCCGACUCCGCCAAGACGGCGACCACCACGACGCCGACGCCGACGACGACCGAUCCCGCGAGCGAGAUCACCACGGAGCUCGUGGUCCCGGCGGCUGAGGAGGAGGACUCCCUCGCACACCUGCUGCAGCCGGACGUCGCGCUCGGGCUCGGCAUCUCCGACUUCCCGGCGGGGAAGGGGCUGGACGUGGAGCCGGACUCGUUCGAGUGGCCCGCGUCGUUCGACCUGGGCGCGUGCUGGGGCAGCGCCGGGUUCGCCGACCCGGACCCCGCCGGCCUGUUCCUCAACCUCCCGUGACGCGGAGGACACGCGACGGCGGACACCGCGCGCGCGCGCCCCGCGCCGUGCUCAGGUGUGGGUUUUGCGACCGACCUGAUCAACGGUUCUCUUCUUUGCAGCUUAACUAGUGGUACAUGAUAACAUGCUUUGGGGUAUAUGAUAUGAUCGUGACGACGACGACGACCUUGAUUUUAGCUUUGUUUUUUUUGGGAGGUCAACUAGUGGCCGCUGGGUGUUUUUACUCAUCAGAUGGCUAACUCUACAGCUCCGAGGGUGGUGUUUCGUCUGUCUAUAGACUGAGCUUUGUUUGAGCUUCUUCUUAAAUGGUUAUGAUGCACAAGUUCAUCUGCAAA